AUGACGAGUGAUGAUCAGUUCUUUUUCGACUAUCUUGCGUCCAUACCUCAUGACGUAAGGCGGUAUUCCCUUGAAGUCGCAGACUCCAUCGAUCGUCACGUCGACCACGCCGCGAAAACGCUCAAAGACACACUGGCUCAGCAGUCAUGGCUACCUCCGACUAUUCGACCCGCUCGCGUCGGUCCGAGAGGAAGGUCAUCGCAGAGCUUCACAGAUCGGGCGCAGAACUGGAUGGCUAGAAACCGCGCAUGGACUGCGGCCAUCUUCGCGUUCAUCGGGACUGGUGUAGUCUUGUACUAUGGAAGCAAAAAGCUUCAUGGCAAGCGCAGAAAAGCCAAAAGAGCGAGCAACGGCGGAAGAAAAGAGAUCGUGGUUGUUGCUGGAUCACCCCACGAGCCAAUGACUAGAGCUAUUGCUACGGACUUGGAGCGCCGAGGAUACAUCGUGUAUGUGACCGUGUCUUCUGCGGAUGAAGAACAGAUCGUCAAAUCCGAGAAUCGCGCCGACAUCAAGGCCCUUUGGUUGGAUCUCACAACCACUGCCUCCUCGCCCUCCGAUAUCCAUCCAUCCUUGCAAGAAAUCCGUUCCCUCAUCACUCAACCGCAGUCCCCUCUCCCCGGAGUGCCCCCGCACACCUGUCAACUGAGUGGCGUGAUUGUGGUUCCAUCACCAAACUACAGCGCAGGCCCUGUCGCAACUAUUCCGCCAUCAUCCUGGGCCGACACAGUCAACACCCGCCUCCUCUCGCCUAUCCUCACCGCGCAGGCCUUCCUCCCCCUCCUAACCCUGCGUAGCAACAGCAGCACCCUCCUCUUCGCCUACCCUUCCAUCUCCUCUUCCCUUUCCGCGCCCUACGCCGGUCCUGAGGUAGCAGCAACACGUGCCAUUUCCGGCUUCGCAGACUCUCUUCGUCAGGAACUUCGCCUUCUCGAAAACAGCAAUGUGAGCGUUGUCGAGCUGCGCCUCGGAAACAUCGACCUGGGCCCCGUGUUCCGAGCCGGCCAGAGCCAAAUUGCGGGCACAGAAGUUCUUGCCUGGAGCACCCAGCAGCGAGCUCUGUAUGCCUCGCAAUACCUCAACAGUGUUGAGCAGCGCCCCGUCGCCUCUGCCGGCCCAGGCACAGUCCGUGGAUCCCCAGCACGCAAGCUCCACUAUGCUAUUUUGGAUGCAUUGGAGCCUACAUCGCGGAAUGUGUUUGGUCAGAAAACUACCAAGAAAUCCGUCAUGUACGUGGGCCGGGGAGCUCGCUCUUACAACUUGAUUGGCGCCUGGGUCCCGAGUGGACUCGUGGCGUUGAUGAUGGGGUACCGCGGGAGUGGAAUUGCGUCUGAUACCCCGAUCAGUGGCAGUGGCAGUGAGACUAGCUGGGAGAGAGUUUAA